AUGAAUUGCUUUGAAACUAUGAAAAUAUCUCAAUAGUAUUCUAAAAUUAUACAAAAAAUAUAACAAAGAAAUGAUAAAGAUCCUAAAAAUAAAAAAUCCAAUCUUAUAUAAAUAUCCAAGACUAAUAAAUAAAAUAUUUUAGGAACUUAAAAUUAGUUAAUAUCUCAUAUUUAAAAUAAUACUAAACCAAAUUCAAAUUUAUCUUGUAAUUAGACAAUAAACUCAACUACAUCAAGCAUCCAAAAAGGCUAGCAACAAAUUAAAGAUAAGUCUCCCUCUUAAACUACUCCAAGAUAUAAUUAUACGCCAUUAACACCCUUGAAAAAUUUAAUUGGAAACAAUUCAUCAUUGUCUCCCCUUCCUCAUUUACAAUAACAAUAGAUUAGAAAUGUAAGUAAAACAAUUCAUUAUCCUUAGAAUCAAUAGUAGAAUAAUAAUGUUAGUAAUACGAUUUUAAAUACAACUAAUAUGCUUGAAGAUAACAGUUUUGUUAGCAUUAAUAAUCAUCUUUCAAAUAUUUAACAAGAGAUCAGAAUUAGUUAAAAAAAGCCUUAUUUAAAUGAUUAAGACUCAACUCAAAAAGCUCUUUCCUAAAGAUUGCUUGUCAAUAAUUAUGAUUAAAAUAGUUAAAAUACUCCAAAAAGAUUAUUUUUUAACUACAAGAACACUGUCAAUGAAUCUCUUAAAAAUCAUUCUCAUGAACAGAAAAAUUAAUAGAAGGAACUUAUUAAUUUUAAAUGUUCUCUAUGCUAAAUGAAAAACGCAAAAUACCAAAGCAAAAUAACUCAUAAUACUGGAGAAUAUACAAAAUAUUAUUGUUCUAAAUGUGCCAUAAAGUUGAUGGAACAAGGAUAGAAAAUGGAUUGUAUUCCUAAUAUAAAAACACCUCAAUCAUAAUUAAAGAACCAACAAUCUAAUUACUAGUAGAAAAAUUAAUAAGAAGAAAUAUAAUUAAUUCAUGACGACUAAGAUUCAUCUGCACACAUACUUAAAAAUGUAUAACUUGAAAACUUCUCAAGGAUAGAUUAAAAAUAGCACAGCAACAAGCAGAUAUCAUAACUAGAGUUUCCUCCAAACUUUCAAUUUGAUAGGAAGGAGUCGCCAAAUAAGCAUAGCUCAAAUUAAAAGGAAAAUAUAUUUUUACCUACUUUAGGGGGUGUUGAUUGCUAUUAAAAUGAUGCUUUAGAUAAUAGCUAGAGAAAUCUUUAACUUAAUCAAAUCGCAAUUGAUUAACUGAGUUAGAAAAAUCAAUAAGUACAAAUUAAAUAAUAAAUUUAGAAUCAUAAUGGAAUAUUAAGUGAUAGCAUAAUUAACCAUUAAUUAAUAAAUGGAUGCAAUUAAAAUCUUUUUAGUUAAAAUCAAUAAAUCUAAUUACAAUCAAAGUAAGAUUAAAAUAGAAUGUAAGUUUGGAAUUUUCAUGACUCAGAAAACUAAGAUGAUUAAAAAUGGCAAGAUUUAGGUCCGAAGCUUACUUUUGAAGGAGAAAGCUAACGUCCAUCUGACUAAGAUUUAUUUAAUAUCUAAUAGCAAGAUAUUAAUAGGGCAAUUAUAGUAUUUAAUGAUUCAGAAAACAAUUAGCAAUCAAAAAACAUCUAAGAUUCAGAAGGAUAAGAAGAAUAGAGCGACAGUAAUUAAAAGGAUUCUGAUAUAGCUACAAUUAGUCAAGUUAAUCCAAUUAAUCAUAACAAUAGCUUAUAGAAGGAAGAUGAUAAUAGGUAGAUGAUAAUGCAAUAGGAAUAAAUAGUUGAUGAAGAUUCUUAAAGUCAGUUUUUACCUUAAUUUUCAGAUUAAAGCAAUUAUGAAUAAUCAAGAUAGAGGAAAAUUUAAAUUUUAGAAAAUUUUUCUUAGGAACUAAAUCUAAGCAAUACUCGAGCAGCAGCGUGCUUGAAUCAGCUUGCGCAAAGAAAAAAAGAAGUUACUAAAUUCUAUGAGAAUUAAGAACUCAAAUUAUAAUAAAAUGCAUAAAACUUAAUGUAAUUUAUUUAGCAAGAAUUAAAUGAAUCUAUUGAAAAAUUGCGAAACGCUCAAGUAAAAACUUUAAGCUUGUUUGCUGAAAAGGAACAUCAGCUUUAACGAAUUUAUCAUGAAAUACAAUCUACAGAGCUUGAUGUAAAAAAGAACCGCAUUCAAAUUGUAGAAUUUAUGGAGGAGUAACCGUUCAAUAACAUCAUUUAAAUUUAUCACUAAAACCUUUCCAAAAAUACUUACACUAUAAAUGAGCUACCAAAUUAGAUUUUAUGUCUUUCUAAGACUUAUUAAUUAGCUGAAAAGAAGUAAGCUUCAGCUUUGUUUUAGCAAGGACUUAAAGAUGCAUUAGUAGUUUAAGAAAAGAGAACAACUAUGUUUGGUAACUCUUCAUAUGCUUCAGCUACUUCUACUCCUUAAACAGCAAGUACAAAUAAUAAUAGCUACAACUUAGUAAUUUCCCCAAGAUCGAGCAAUAAUCAAAAUAUAAACUAAUUCAAUUUUGUUAACAAUUAGAAUAUGCUUUCAUACUAGUCUCAUUAAAGCUAGUAUCAAACCCAAAAAAGAAAUUUAUCAUAGACAAAUAGUAUGACUUCAAGCAAGGUUUUUACAUCUUAGUCUAAUCAAACUAUAUUAUAAAAUUAACCAACAUUAAAUAUUAAGCAGAACUCAUAAUAAUAAUAAUUCUUUUCAGCAUAAGUUAAUAAUCCAUCUCCUUUAAAAAAGUAAAAUAUUGAUAAUAGCUACGUUCAAGAAGAAAGUUAAUAAUUACCUUAAUCUAGCGAUUUUGGUAACAACAAUUAAAACUAAUUUUAAAACCAUGAAAAUAUUUAAUCUAGCUUUUCUUAACAAAAUUAAAAUUUUCAGCAGAUUAGUAAUAAUUUUUCUUUACAAAAUUCUGGUAAUAAAUCUCAAUUCAAACCUAUUAUUUCUAAUUCAAUUUCUUCACCUCUAAUAAAAAAGAAUAAUUCUUUAAAAAAUAUAUAAAACUACCCAAUCAUGUAUGAAAACCAAUAUAUCUAAAAUCCAUAUUCUUCAGUAGAAAACCAUUUUGAGUAAAUAUACAAGCCUGAUGUAACAAGGGAAAAUGCUCCAUCUUACUCUUCUGUAUAAUUUCAAAGAUGGAAAGACUGUGAAAAAACUAUUAUUGAAUAGAUUAUGAGUAUAGAACAAAAUGAAAUGAAUUUGACUCCUGGAAGAGAUUCAAAACAGGAUAUUGAAUUACUAUCGCCUUGCCAAUAAUCUUCAAAAAUAUCUGGAAUUGUUCCUUAGAAUUUAUUUUAGUCUCCCAUACAAAUUUAACAUUAAAACAAUGAAAUAAGUAUAGCAAAUUAAAAAAACGACUUUGCAUAAGAUGAAAUUAAAUGUCUAAGCGACUAUGAAAAAAAAAUAUAAUCUCAAAUAAAUCAGUAAAAUAAUACUCAAUAAAUUUAAAAUAUAGACAAUGAUUAAUAAGAAAAUUAAGAUCUUAAAUAAGUCAAAUAAGAAGAUUUUAAAAAAUAAGGAACAAGUAAAUUUGAAGAUAUAAAAAAUAAUUAUUAAUGGAUGAUAGAAUAAUACAAAAUGGAAUAAAAUCUUGUUUCUUCUCAUCUUGUACCAUAAGAACCAAGAAAUGCUAAAAAAGUAAAUUCUUUAGCAGUAAAAUAAAAUUUAGACAAUUUAGCAAAGGGCUCAAACCAAAAUCAAACAAAAUAAUUUGAAUAAAAUAAAAUUAUUAGAGAGAGAUGUGAGUUGCAGGAUAUUACAUACUUAAAAUUAUAAUAAAACGAUUAAAUUUAAAAUAAAUUAUUAAGAGCUGAAAAUAACAACUAACUUAUUGAUGAGAUAAAUUUAAGUGAAAAUUUGAUCAAUAAAGCAUAAUUCAAAUAAUCAAGUAAUUAAAGUUAUUCUUCUAAUAAUCAGACAGGAGAGUUUUAAUUGAAUGAUCAUGGUAUUAUACAAAAUUAGAAUUAAGCGGUACAUAGUUAUGGAGAUUAAUACUCAGAUUAGAUAGCUAAAGAUAAAAGCAUAAGUGAAGGAGUUGAUUUAUCUUAUUCUGUAUCUGUUGCAGCAGGUUUAGCAAGCACAAAUGAUCAAAUGAUAAAUAACCCAAAUAGUUAAAGUAUUUAAAAUUCAAAUAAUCUAUUUAAAAUAAAAAGCUAUAAAUAAGAAGAGUAAGCUUUAUCUAAAGAUGGAUAGUUCUGUACUCUUUAGCCUUUGUGUCAAAGCAAUUUAUUGACGUAGUAAGAAUAGAAGCAGGAAUUAUAUCAAGAUGGAAAUAAAAGAGAGACAUCUAUAAACCAGAUUGAUUUGAUCUCAAACAGUGAUUAAUAAAUACAGAUUUAAAAAGAAAACUAAAACUUAACUCACUUAAAUAGACAAAAUUUGAUAAGUUCUUUUUCUUAAAAUAUAAAACUUUCUGAUGAUUUAAUAGAAACAAGUAUUGUUUAAAAUUAUAUAAAUAGAGAAUCAUUUUCUUAGAAUAACGACUAAACAAGCUAUUACUCCUAAAAUACUAACCAAUUUAAUUAGUAACUUAUGAAUGACUAAAAUACUUUAAAUUAAUUUGAUAAAAAAGCUAUACUAAACGAAUACAAGCCCUCGUUUAAUAAUAAUCAAAAUGAAGCAAAUGAAGAUAAAAAUAUCCAGUUUAUAUAAUCUACAACUUUAAAUUAUCCUUAAAUGAAUAAGAACGAAAUAUAGCUUGGAUUUUCUAUUAAUAUUCAACAGUCAUAAGAUGAUAAAAUAUAUAGGUAAUUAUAAAAUAUAGCAAAAGAUUCCUUUUCUGAUGCUAACUAUACUAUACAACAUCAAGAAAGUUAAGAAGAAUAGAAUGAUUAAAAAGAAGACAUUAUCUUAGACAUAAAUUAGUUGCAUGAUAUUUCUGGCGAUGAAGAUACAGACUCUGGUUUAGGAUCUAACGCAUCAAAAAGACCUCUUAAAUACUCAGAAAUAAUUUAAAAAAUUCAUGAAAAUUAUAACAGGUUGUCUUAAAACUGCUAAAAAAAAAGUAAUAAUCUUUAAAAAAAUUAGUCAUAGCCAACACUUUCAUAAGAAAAUCAAUAAGAGACGCAUUAAGCAAACCAAUAAAAGUUAAAUCCUUAAGAAUGUUAAAACAACGAGAAUAAUUUAGACUCUCAACAAUAGAAUUUUAAAACUGAAGAAUCUCAAUUAGUUUUUAGCAAUUAAGAAUAAAUUCAUUUAGAAAUUGCAUAAAAUCUUUCAGAUCUAGUAUUGAAUAAAAAUAAUGAAAAUUUUAGCAGCUUUUGUACAAAUAUGAAUUAACUUGAGCAAUCACUCACUCCUAUGAAUAACUAACAAAACGAGCAGGUUCUUUAAAAUGAUAUUAUACAAAUAUCUAUUAUAAGUCCUCAUAUUAAAUAGAAUGAAAUUAUAGAUCAAGAAGUAAAUUUUAUUUAAAACUCCUAAAAAGAAUCUGAAAACUAUGUAAAUACUGUAGCAUCUUUUAGUCAAUAAUAAUUUGAACAGUAGCAUUAAGAGUUAUCAAAUAAUAAUUAUCCUUCUAAAGAAGAAUAGUAUGUCAUUUAAACAUAAAUUAAUAAUACAGUUGAAGUAUCCCCUAACUCUAAUAAGGAAGAGCUAAUAGUAAAUUAAGAUAAAGACUCAACAUUUUCAAGGUUUCUUGAUAAUUAUGGGUGUGUAAGCACAAAUAUAGAAGCUUAGAUCAACGAUCACAUAAACAAUUAGAUUUCUCAAAAAAGAAUCAAUUUUAACAAGUAUUCAGAACUAAUUAAAAGCUCCCCUCAUUUUAGGGCACACAAAUUCACUGAAGACUCUGUACUAAGUGAUGAAGAUGAUAACUUGGAUGAAGAGCAAUUCGAAGUAAGAAGUACCCCAUUCAAGUGA